ACAUCAAUAACAACGCAAACACAAAACUGUACCUUUGCUAUUUAAUAGCCACCGAGGACUCGUUAUUUGAUUAUUUAAAUUAUACUUUUCGAAGUUUGGAAAAUACCAGUGGAAAACCCCGUUUGCAGUGGUCUUUCGACAAAGUCAUACACAUUUGGAUUUAAACUGCUUUUAGUCCGUGUAUGAUUUAAAAACAAGGUGCAGUUUAGAAGAUUAUUUUUUGCUUGAGUCCAGAGCAUCAUCAUCACCAUCAUCAUUAACAGCGGCAGCAGCAGCACACACUCCUGCAGAUACAAAAAAUGUUUCAGAAAUGAUAGCAGCGCAGGAUUUUCUCCCAGAAUUUCACUCUCCCCAAGAGGUAGAGUCUCAGUUAUCCUCGGAUACUGAUCUCGAGGAUCCCGAUGGCAAAAAUGUCAAGGCUGGAAAGGGACUGGCAGCAAGAAAAGGGAGGAAGGCUGUUGGCGACAAGGCCAAAGCUGGAGCUGGGAGGGGCGCUGGUCCUGGCUGGAUGAAUGGCCAUCAUCAGGAGAAUGGGAUGGAGAACAUGACUCUUUUUGAGGUGGUCAAAAUGGGCAAGAGUGCCACACAGUCUGUUGUCGAUGACUGGAUUGAGUCGUACAAACAGGACCGUGACGUUGCACUCCUGGACUUAAUCAACUUCUUCAUUCAAUGCUCAGGCUGUAAAGGUGCUGUGAGCGGGGAGAUGUUUAGAAAUAUGCAGAACUCCGAGAUCAUUCGUAAAAUGACGGAGGAGUUUGAUGAGGACAGCGGUGACUAUCCAUUAACUAUGUCAGGGCCACAGUGGAAGAAAUUCAGGACAAGUUUCUGUGACUUUAUUGCGGUCCUAGUGCGGCAGUGUCAGUACAGCAUCAUCUACGAUGAGUAUAUGAUGGACACGGUCAUCUCACUGCUCACUGGCCUGUCAGACUCACAGGUCAGAGCGUUUAGACACACAAGCACACUAGCAGCCAUGAAGCUGAUGACGGCACUGGUGAACGUUGCUCUGAACCUGAGCAUCAACAUGGACAACACACAGAGACAGUAUGAGGCGGAGAGAAACAAAGUGGUUGCAAAAAGGGCCAACGAACGUUUGGAGCUGCUGUUACAGAAGAGGAAAGAGCUUCAAGAAAAUCAAGAUGAAAUUGAAAACAUGAUGAAUGCAAUUUUCAAGGGAGUGUUUGUUCACAGAUAUCGUGAUGCCAUUGCUGAAAUCAGAGCCAUUUGUAUUGAGGAGAUCGGAGUGUGGAUGAAGUUGUACAGCGACGCCUUCCUCAACGACAGCUACCUGAAGUACGUCGGCUGGACGAUGCACGACAAGCAAGGUGAGGUACGGAUAAAAUGCCUGACGGCUCUGCAGGGCCUGUUCUACAGCAAAGACCUCAGUCCUAGGCUGGAGCUCUUCACCAGUCGCUUUAAGGACCGCAUUGUGUCGAUGACUCUUGAUAAGGAAUAUGAUGUCGCUGUGCAAGCCGUUAAACUUCUGACCCUUGUCUUACAGAGCACUGACGAGGUUCUCACCGCAGAGGACUGUGAGAGCGUUUACCACCUGGUUUACUCGGCACAUCGACCCAUCGCUGUCUCCGCAGGAGAAUUUCUCUUCAAGAAGCUCUUCAGUCACCGCGGUCCAGAGGACGAGGGGUUACCCAGGAAGGGCAGGCAGAGCCUCAACGGCAGCCUCAUUAAAACAACUGUAUUCUUCUUUUUGGAGAGUGAGCUGCAUGAGCACGGGGCCUACUUAGUGGACAGUUUGUGGGAGUGUGGGUCAGAGCUGCUGAAGGACUGGGAGACCAUGAUCAGCCUGUUGCUUGAUGAGCCCAUGUCGGGGGAGGAAGCCCUGACCGAUGGGCAGGAAACUGCUCUGGUUGAGCUCAUGCUCUGUGCCGUCCGGCAGGCGUGUGAGUGCCACCCUCCUGUGGGCAGGGGCACAGGAAAGAGGGUCCUGAGUGCCAAAGAGAAAAAAACUCAGCUGGAUGAUCGCACACGAAUCACAGAGAUGUUUUCUGUUGCGUUGCCUCUGUUACUGGCAAAGUACUGUGUGGAUAUUGACAAGGUGUCCAAUUUGCUCCAAAUUCCAAAGUACUUUGACCUUGACAUCUACACAACUGGACGGUUGGAAAAGCACCUGGACGCACUGCUGCGGCAGAUCUGGGAGGUGGUGGACAAACACACGGACACUGAAGUCCUGGAGGCCUGUUCCACCACCUACCGUUACCUCUGCAACGAGGAGUUCACCAUCUACAACCGCGUGGACAUCGCCCGCUCCCAGCUACUGGAUGAGCUGGUGGACAAGUUCAACAGGCUUCUGGAGGACUUCCUUCAGGAGGGUGAAGAACCAGACGAUGACGACGCCUACCAGGUUUUAUCCACGCUUAAGAAAAUCACUGCUUUCAACAAUGCACAUGACCUUUCAAAAUGGGAUCUGUUCGGCAGCAGCUACAGACUCCUCAACACGGGCCUGCAGAACGGAGAUAUGCCAGAACAGAUUGUAAUCCAUGCAUUGCAGUGCACACAUUACAUCGUCCUGUGGCAUCUAGCAAAGGUCUCAAGUGGCAGUUCAAUAAAGGGGGAUGUAGUGACCUUGAGGAAACAAAUGAGAGCCUACUCUUUAAUGUGUCAACGUUACUUAAACAGCAUCAGCACCGCAGUCAAGGAGCAGGCCUUCACCAUCCUGUGUGAUCUGCUCUUGAUCUUCAGUCACCAAAUCAUGUCCUCAGGCCGCGAACAACUGGAGACCCUGGUCUACACACCAGACUCCUCCUUACAGGCUGAGCUGCUCAACUUCAUUAUUGAUCAAGUGUUUAUUGAUCAGGAUGAUGACAACAGCACAGAUGGACACCAGGACGAUGAAGCCAGUAAAAUCGAGGCUCUGCACAAGAGAAGAAACCUUCUUGCUGCGUAUUGCAAACUAAUCACCUACAACGUUGUAGAAAUGAACACUGGAGCAGAUAUUUUCAAACAGUACAUGAAGUAUUACAACGACUACGGAGACAUCAUCAAAGAAACGAUGAGUAAAACACGACAAAUCGACAAAAUCCAAUACGCUAAGACACUCAUACUGAGCCUUCAAAGGUUAUUUAAUGACAUGAUGUCUGAACUGGGCUUCGGUUUCGACCGCUCCUCAUCAGCCUUCUGUGGCAUUAAAGAACUCGCCCGGCGAUUCGCAUUGACCUUUGGCCUGGAUCAGUUAAAGACGAGAGAGGCAAUCGCCAUGUUGCACAAGGACGGGAUUGAGUUUGCUUUUAAAGAUCCAAGUCCUCAGGGAGAGGGUGGUCCUCCGCUUCAUCUAGCAUUUUUGGACAUUUUGAGUGAAUUCUCAAGCAAACUGAUUCGACAGGACAAGAAAACUGUACACCUGUACCUGGAGAGGUUCAUGACCUUCCAGAUGUCUUUGCAGAGGGAGGACUGCUGGCUCCCUCUCAUCUCCUACAGGAACUCCCUUCAGGCUGGUGCAGAUGACGACACCAUGUCCGUCAUCAGUGGGAUCAGCAGUCGAGGUUCCACCAGGAGCAAAAAGUCCAAGACAGUCACAGCCAGCAAGAGGAAGCUUCCUGAAGAAGAGAACAGCUGCAGCAGCAGUGACACAGUGUGGAUGAACCGUGAGCACAGCGUGCAGACUCCAGUCAUGAUGCACUCGCCUCACCUCACCUCCACCGUGCUGCGGGAACCAAAGAAGAUGAGGCCCGAGGACGGCUACACGACCCCGUACACCAUGCCGACGGAUCAGCAUCCUCAUCGAUCACCUGUGCCUCCGCAGCAGCAGCAGCAGCAGCAGCAACUCCACCACCAGGCCACCAUUGAUUACAACACCCAGGUGACGUGGAUGUUGACGCAGAGGCAACAAGCCGAGGCCCGUCAGCAGCAGGACAGAGCGAACAUGCACUACGCCAAGAUGAGGAACCACAUGCAGCAGGCCAUUCGAAGAGGCUCUGGACUCAUGGAGGAUGACGAGGAGCCAAUAGUGGAGGACGUGAUGAUGUCAUCAGAGGACAUUAACGAGGGCAUGGAUUUUGACACCAUGGAUAUUGAUUUGCCUGCAUCAAAGAAUCGCAGAGAAAGAACUGAACUGAAGCCAGAUUACUUUGACUCCUCCAUCAUGGACGAUUCGGUUCUGAAUGUUUCAAUGUACUAAAAAAAGAUGAACAGUUUGUCAUCAGAAUUCUUGGAUUCUCUAAGAAAAUCACAACUGAGCAAAUAAAAAAAAAAAGUUUUGUAAGACACCGAUGUUUGCCUCUACAAUGUUUUUCAAAGUUGGAAGGAGACCUUGAAUUUGGAUUCUCUUGGGUAUAUUUUUUUAAACCCACCACACUUUUGUGACAUUUUCAAACAUAGGGACAUGGUUCUGGUUUUGUUUAUUUUUCCCGCUCGAAUUCUUCAAUGUCAGCGCUAACGUGUGGUGAUGCUGUUCAGGAAAGUGCCGGUACAGACAUUCAUGUCACGAAAGAACGGACUGAGAAUCAAAAUAAUAUUCCUGUACCUUUAAUCUUAUUAUACAGUAGACAAGAAAUGUCUGGUGUAAAUACAUAAUGGCCAAAUAUAGGGGUGAGUUGAACACAAUUUCAUAAACAACACUCCACAGAAAUACAUUUCUGCAGAAUAAUGCUACUUUUGAGACAACUGUACAGCAGCUUCAUCAUUAAAUGAUUUGCCACAGAGGUGUUCAUUUUCCUCAAGAGUCCAUUAACAGCCAUAUUAAAGAAAAAA